AGGAAAUGAAUUUUAUUCAAAGCACAUUGAGUAAGUCACGGAAUCAUUGGAAGGCUGUAGAAACAAGGCUUGGGAAAUAAGCAAAAACACGGAGAGACCAGGUACCUAGAAUUACAACAAAUCCCAUCACAGAGCCAGGUAGGUGAGGACAGCCUCAGUGCUGCUGCUGCUGAGUGCCCAGUGCUCCUGCCUUCAUCACAGCCACAGCUGGCAUUGGACGCUGGAUGCCAUGCUGACCCCAAUGGCAGGGCUGUCUGGACACUGGAUACUGCUGCCACUGCUGCAACCACUGUAAAGAAUUUUUUCCAUCCCCACCUCCAGCCUCAGAAAUCCUAAGCAAAUGCAGCUGGUUGGUCAAGCGUAGGUGACUAGCUGCCUCGGGACAUGUGAAAGUGAAUAUUGGGCAUGGUUAAUGUCUGUAAUGGCAGCCGUUUCCUGCUGUCCACCAGGAGAAGAUAAAUUCCCCAAGAAAACUGACAAAUGACGACUACAUACAUGUUGUCAAAGAAUACACUGAAAGUCCUUGACAUUUGCAGAUUCAACACUUGCAAUGCAGGAAAGGCCUUGGAAAGCAGUGGUUGCGCCAGACAGCCCAGGGAAGAGCCACAGCCUGAGGACCUAGGGCCACCUGCUGUUCCCUGGGAUUCAUGUCCUUCUGGGGUGGAGGGAGAACCCAGGACAAUGGCUGCUGUUCAUGAUCUGGAGAUGGAGAGCAUGAAUCUGAAUAUGGGGAGAGAGAUGAAGGAAGAGCUGGAGGAAGAGGAGAAAAUGAGAGAGGAUGGGGGAGGUAAAGAUCGUGCCAAGGGUAGAAAGGUCCACAGGAUCGUCUCAAAAUGGAUGCUGCCUGAAAAGGCCCGAGGAACAUACUUGGAGAGAGCUAACUGCUUCCCGCCCCCUGUGUUCAUCAUCUCCAUCAGCCUGGCCGAGCUGGCAGUGUUUAUUUACUAUGCUGUGUGGAAGCCUCAGAAACAGUGGAUCACCUUGGACACAGGCAUCUUGGAGAGUCCCUUUAUCUACAGUCCUGAGAAGAGGGAGGAAGCCUGGAGGUUUAUCUCAUACAUGCUGGUACAUGCUGGAGUUCAGCACAUCUUGGGGAAUCUUUGUAUGCAGCUUGUUUUGGGUAUUCCAUUGGAAAUGGUCCACAAAGGCCUCCGUGUGGGGCUGGUGUACCUGGCAGGAGUGAUUGCAGGGUCCCUUGCCAGCUCCAUCUUUGACCCACUCAGAUAUCUUGUGGGAGCUUCAGGAGGAGUCUAUGCUCUGAUGGGAGGCUAUUUUAUGAAUGUUCUGGUGAAUUUUCGAGAAAUGAUUCCUGCCUUUGGAAUUUUCAGACUGCUGGUCAUCAUCCUGAUAAUUGUGUUAGACAUGGGAUUUGCUCUCUACAGAAGGUUCUUUGUUCCUGAAGAUGGGUCUCCGGUGUCUUUUGCAGCUCACGUUGCAGGUGGAUUUGCUGGAAUGUCCAUCGGCUACACGGUGUUUAGCUGCUUUGAUAAAGCACUGCUGAAAGAUCCAAGGUUUUGGAUAGCAAUCGCUGCUUAUUUAGCUUGUGUCUUAUUUGCUGUGUUUUUCAACAUUUUCCUAUCUCCGGCAAACUGACCUGCUCCUAUUAUAAGCCAAUUAAUAAAAAGAGCCAUCUGGAUGGGGGAAAAAAAAAGGAAGACUCUAUGAAGAAACAGAAGUCUCAGCAAAGGUUAACAACUUUAUAUAGAGUAAAAAACAGCAUUAAACUCAUCAGUUGCGAAGAUUGCCUACAAAAGGACCUUAGGAUUUAAGGAAGGGGCUUCUUAAUGUAGAAAGGGAAGAAGAAGAGAGAAAAGAAGGGUAGUAAAAACUGGAGAUUGGGGCCAGGAGCACUGGCUCAUGCCUGUAAUCCCAGCACUUUGGGAGGCUGAGGUGGGUGAAAUCACCUGAGGUCAGGAGUUCAAGACCAGCCUGACCAAUAUGGUGAAACCCUGUCUCUACUAAAGAAAAUACAAAAAUUAGCUGGGUGUGGUACUGCGUGCCUGUAGUCCCAGCUACUUGGGAGACUGAGGCAGGAGAAUUGCUUGAACCUGGGAGGCGAAGGUUGCAGUAAGCUGAGAUCACACCACUGCAGUCCAGCGUGGGUGUAGAGCGACAUUCCGUCUCAAAAAACAAAACAAAACUAGAGAUUUGGGUCUUUCUUUCCCAGGCAUAUGGUAUUCUAUAAACCAGACUUCUCCUUGGAGGAUAUAUUUUGGAGAAUGCUUCAUAAAAUCUAUGAAUACUGUACAAUGCUGAUAAUAAAAACUUUUU